AUGUCGUCCAUGAGUCGAACGUUGCUUGGUGAGUCAAAUCGUAGCUCGGUACCAGCGUCUGACGCGCGUGGGGUAUAUCAUCCAGCCCCUGUACUGGACGAGCCGUAUGGUGUGGAUGUACUAGCACCUGCUUAUGAGCUGCCAGACGGACGCACGAAUUUUCGCUACAGCAUGUCCCGGGAGGAAAUGCUCAAAGGACUCGCGAAUCGCUUUGUGCAUUCUACGACCUACUUAUACCUCUAUGCUACCAUGGCAGUGCUCUCUCUUGUCACUGUGAUUUUUUCUUUGCUAUGGACGUGCCCGGGCCCCGCGUUUUAUAUCCUGGAACUACUCGUGAACGUGAUACUGGUGGCUGAGGUGUGCGUACGGUUUGUCGCUUACGGCCGCAAUUUUUGGAAGUCCACGUACAAUAUCAUUGAUCUCUUUCUUGUGGUGCUGUGUAUCUUGACACUCAUCAUCCUCUUUGUGGGUCAUGGCUGCUCCCCCAUUGCCGAGCGACCAGGCAUGAGUGAAGAAUUGCUGGACAGCGUACUGCUGAUUGUUCGCAACGUUAUGCAAUGUAUGCGCCUCAUUAGCGUGAUUCGGCGCAGUGGGUACAAUGUUGCCAGUCGAAUUACCGCGAUUGACCUGAGCGAUGCGCAUGACUACAAUCUUGAUCUCGAUCUUGAGCAUGAAAGCUCACAAGCGCUGCAGCGCAUGCGCGACGGCGGUGACCAGCACUCGAGCGGGAAUGGAUGGAGUCCACAAACACGUCCAGAGACGCUUGUGUCGAAUCACCCCAACGAGAGCGUGAUUGCUAUGGACAGCGCUGAGUUGGACGACACGCAUUUGUAG